AUGGCUCACGUAAAGAAUGUUCUUGUCACUGGUGGCGCCGGUUUCAUCGGAGGCUCUGUCGUAGCCACCCUUAUUGCCCGGACCAACGCUCCAGUCAAGAAUAUAAACAUCAGCACCAUCAUUCGCUCGGACGACCAGGCCAAAGCACUGUCGAAGCUUGGCGUCAAUGUCAUCCAAGCGGAUCUUUCCGAUGAAAAGGCCAUUCUAGAAGCGGUGCUUAGCAAUGAGAUUGAUCUUAUCGUUCAUGCGGCCAGCUCGUUUGUUUUGCCCCUUGGCCUUAACCUUGUGAGAGCCCUUGGCCAGCGAGGCAAAAUAACCGGCAAGAAGACGUACUUUAUUAAUUCAUCAAUUACUACUCCCUUCUCCGAGGAUGGGGGUUGGCCUGAGGGAGAGGUAAAGGAUACUGAUGAUUUGUACGAAACGGAGAGGCAGCUUGGGGAUGGUCAUCCCGUCCGCAUCACCGACCUUGGCCUCCUGGAAGAAACCAAGGCACAAGGUGUUGAAUUUUUCAAUCUUGCUGUUCCUGUCGUCUAUGGAAGAGGCAGCGGAGAGUGGAAAAAGCUAUCUACGAACAUUCCUGCAUUCGUUCGAAAGAGUGUCGAGAACAAGGUCGUGUACAAGUUUGAGAAAGAUGGAGCCUUAUUUUUCAUCCACUGGAGAGACUCCCAGUCCUCUUUUGUCAAGAGGCAGCCAGUCUCAUUCAACAAUCAGCGGUCUUUUUUACCGACUAGGAUACUAACAGUGUUGCAGAAUCCCCCUGCGAUCCAUGUCGCCGACUUGGCCGACCUGUACGUCGCGCUUGUGGAGAAGAUUCUACAAGGAGAAUCGAUCCCCAGUGGAGAAACCGGCUUUUAUUUCGGGUUUGCUCACAGGCUCCCUUGGUGGAAGGCCAUGGAGCGCCUUGCCGCUGGACUUCAUGCCCGAGGUCUGGUAGCAGAGCCCACAGCGCAGGUCUGGCCGAGCUGGGAGGAGGCUGCUAAGCAACUCAAAUGGCCGGUCCAGCAUAUUCAUGCUAUGGGUGCAGCUACCGGGCAACAAGUUGCCGUGAACCCAUAUUUGCUGGGAUGGCAGCCUAAAUGGAACCAGAAGAGGUUCUUGGAUAGUAUCGACGAUGAGAUUCAAGCCGCAUUGGAUGACAAGCCCCUGCAAAGCACUCUCUUUGACACUAUCCUGUGA